CUUUAUGCAAAGGAGUAUUUUGCUUCAGACUCAAAAGAUUCAUCAUAUUCACCAGAGUCCAUAGUCUUGUCCAGUUCUUAACAUAAAAUUUCAUGUUUCCUACCCCAUUUAAUCUUUGAUUUCAGAGUUUUGGUUAACUAACUCUAACACUCUCGCUUAUAGAGAAGGAGAAAGAAGCAAAAGGGGUUGUUUGUUUUGUUUUGUUUUGUUAAUAACUGUUUGUUGCGUUAUGGCUGAAUCUUCUUCAACUUGUCUUGUUCCAGAGGGCGACCCGAUUCGUGCGCUUAGCGAAUCUAUCUCUUUUGGGAGGUUUAUGUCCGAGAGACUGGAUUGGGAGAAAUGGUCAGCGUUCACGACACACAAACGCUAUGUUGAGGAAGCUGAAAAGUAUUCCAAGCCAGGUUCCGUUGCUGCAAAAAAAGCCUACUUUGAGGCUCAUUACAAGAGAAAAGCUGCUGAGGAAGAAGCUGCAUUGAUCCAAGAAGAAAAUGCUCAAGUUAAUGGAGCUUUUGAUUCAAAAACUAAGGAAGGAAAUUGCACUGAUUCAUCCAUUGUGAUGAAGUCGAAAGCGAACAGCCACGAGACUGCCAAUGAACAGCUUGGUGAAGAAGAUGCUGUUGUUGAUUGUGCUGAUACAAACCAAUAUAAUGAGUUUGAUCCUGUUGAAGUCCAUAAGGAUGUCUCACAUCCUUGUGCUGAUAUAAACCACUAUAAUGAGUUUGAUCCUGUCGAAGUCCAUAAGAAUUUAACCAUUCUGGAAGAAGAGAAGAAACCUGAACCUGGCACUGCUGGUGAGGAAAUUUUGGCUUUUCCUGUUGAGGGAGAAGCGGUUAAUUCGUCUCCAAAAUUAUCAACCAAUUCUAAGGCUUCCAAGCUCUCUCAUCCUCUUGAUGAAAGGAAAGCUUCUGCAGGUGUACCGCCACCACCCAGAAAUGGAAUAAACUGUGUUUCAAAAAGUAAGAUGCGUGUAGGGGUCAGAGAUACAGUUGAGAAGAAGAGACUAACUGCAGGGUCACUCCACAUGUCAAUCGAUCUCCCCUCUGGCACUCGUGAAUCAAGCAAAAUAGCUUCUGCAGCUUUACAAUCCAGAAAUGGCUUAAACAGUUUUUCAACAAGUCAGAAAUCUGUUGGAGGCUCACUUGAGAAGAAGAGGAUAAUUGCACCAUCACUUUCCAAGUCAAUCAAUCUUUCAUCUGGAACUGGUGUAUCAAACAAAACAGCUACUGCAGCUGUUAAAUCUGGAAACGGAAUAAGCCUUGCUUCAAAAAGUAUGAAGUCCGACUUAGUGGAGAAGAAAUCAACUGCAAGGUCACUCCACAUGUCAAUCAAUCUCUCUUCUGGAGCAGACAAAAGAAGUAAAACAGCUUCAGCAUUUGAACAUAACAGAAUUAAAAGAAUUGCUUGUAAUUUACCCAAAGAUCGUCCACUGGCAUUACAGACAUCAACACCAACCAAGGCAUCUCAUGGCUUGUUAAAGGAAGCUUCAGAAAACCCCCUUUCUCAGAGUAGAAGGACUGAAAGAUUACUCAAUAAGUCUCUUUGUGGAGGUGUUACAGUAAAUGCAAAUCGUUCCUCCCUUUCUGUUAUGUGCUCGAAACCUGUAAGCACCAUCGGAAGCCAAACCCAUACUAAAUCAUUGCCUUUUAGAUUCAGAAGUGAAGAAAGAGCAAUAAAACGUAAAGAGAGGAUGGAUGAAAUUAAACCCAAGGAGGAAGAGAAAGUUCAGCUGCAAAGGAUACCCAAGGGGAAAGCAGAACAUGAUCACAAGAAGCUACAGCAGAGCGGUGGAUCUAAAUUCAAACUGAAUGAGGACGGGUCUAGUGGAACACAAUCAUCAACUAAACAAGUUAGAAAGGUCUCACUUACAAUGUCUGGGCCACCAAAACCUGAUGGUAAAGCAAGUUCUAGUACAGUGCAGGACAAAACCAUAGGAAGUUCAUGGAAGCCUCCCAUCAACACCAAUAGUUCCAAACAUAUUACUGAAAAAGCUAACCGAACAACUAAGCAAUCAAGAACUUCAUCAAAUACCACACGAGAAAAUGCUUCACCAAAUAUUCAGAACUAAGAACAUGAAAAAGAGACACCAGAGACUGUCUUUGAAGAACACGCUGCCACUUAGACAAUAGACUGCUUUGAUUCUAGGAGGAUGAUUAUUAGAGUUUAUGUCUCACAUUUUGAAGGAAAAUUCUGUAGCCCUUUUUUUCUAGUUGAUUAGUUCAAUAAGUUUUGACCUAUCAUAUCAGAGUUAGAAGAUCAAGUCUGUAUUUAGAUUUAUGCUUUAUAUCUAAGGUAAAUAAUAGAGACUUGUAUAUUCUUUA